CCCUUAGACUACUGGGCGAGAUGCAGCAAGAAAUGCAACAGCAAAAAAAGGAUGAAACACAUCAACACAUAAAAUCGCAAGAGGCAAUUGCGGAAAUUCGAGCCAAAAAGGACGAGAACGAAAUGUUGUUGGGUGAUAUUUCACAAAAACUGAACACAUUGAAAUCAGACUUAUCAACACAACGAGAGGAAAUCAGCAGAAAUCGAAACGAAAACCUCAAACAGAUGGAGCAAGUAAAAAGCGAUCAAAAGCAAAUGCUCUCAAUGUUAAAUAUUCAUCGCGGCUCAUAUCGCUCCUGCAAAGAUGUGCAUACGAAAGCGUCUGGAAUGUAUAAUAUCCGAGGAAAGGACACUAUGGAUACAUUCGUAGCUUAUUGUGAGCAGGAUAAGGAUGGUGGAGGAUGGAUGGUUAUUCAGCAUCGCUUCGACGGAUCACUCAGCUUCGAUCGCAACUGGACGGACUACAAAAAUGGAUUUGGUGAAGUCGAUGGCGAGCAUUGGCUCGGACUAGAGCGAAUUCAUCAGUUUACGAAGGAACACGAUUGUGAGCUGCUGAUCGAGAUGAAGGAUUUCUACGAUAACUAUAAAUACGCGAGAUACUCCUCAUUUGCCAUCGGUAGCGAGAGCGAGCAGUAUAACCUGAAGAUUCUGGGAGAGUAUAGAGGCACGGCGGGGGAUUCAUUAAGAUACCACAAAGGAAUGAAGUUUUCGACCCCAGAUAGGGAUAAUGAUUUGAAACCAAAUUUUAAUUGUGCAACAAUUUUCUCAGGUGGAUGGUGGUUUAAAGAUUGCCAUUUCGCGUUUCUGAAUGGAUUGUAUCAAAAUGUUAGUGGACAGAAUCAGAGUCUAAUUACCUGGAUUAGUUUCAGCAACGAAUAUCGCGGCCUAAGCUACUCUCGAAUGCUGAUACGUCCGUUGAACUAACAAACGACGA